UGUGGCCUGUCACUGCCUCCGCUGUUUCUUCAAACACCACGCUCGCUUCUUGCCCGGACGCUCGCUUUCUCUGCUUUUCGGCGACUUCGAACUCUCUGUCUGCCUCGCCAACAUACCUGUUACCUCCGGUUCGUCCGGUCUCGCCUUAAGUUUUCUCUGCCCGGCCAAUAAUAGGGGCUCUCCCGACAACACCCCAGUGCCACGUCCUCGACCGGGCCACCCGCCCAUCGAGUGGAACACACCCUGCCAAACUCUCUGGCGUCGAACAAGACUGCUCUCAGCUGGAUCGAGCCUGGCCCUGAGCGGAACUGAAAUUUGGGACUCCGUCCGCGGCCUCGUCGCCUUUUGGUCGUCAGGUCGAACUGCUGCCGGAUCGCCAACAUGAAGUCUUCACUCUCCGCUGCCCAGUUGGCGGUCACGCUGCUCUCAGUCACUCGCGCGGUAUCUGCCGUGUCGUGGCCGACAUGGCUGCCGGAACUCGACUCUCUGGUCGUCCGCCGGGACGAUUCGUCAUCUCAGGACUCUCCGUCUCCCACCCCGACACCGGCACCCACGGCGUCCGGCGACAAUAACAAUGGCGACUCCACCAGCUCCGGCUUCCCGCUCAUCACAACAAAUCUCAACACAGGCGGCAUAACCCCCACCGGCUCCGGCACCGCGCACGCGACAGGCAACCGCACCAGCAGCCACGCUCCCAAGAAGACCCAGUUCAACCCGCAGGACCCCGCCGGCAGCGUGGUGAUGGUGACGCCCGCGGCCACGGACGGGCUGCAGCUCUACAAGAUCGGCGACUACGUCACGUGGGGGUGGAACUACACGAACCUGCUGGCGGACCCGACGGCGAUCGACCUGUACGUCAAGUGCAGCUCGGUGGCGCAGCCGUGGACGGUGACGCAGAACAUGUCCUUCCAGGAGCCGGGCAGCUUCACCUGGGACACCAAGGCGUUCCAGAGCAGCCACGUCGCCGACCCGCUGCUGACCGAGAUGUACACGCUCGUCAUCGCCGACGCCGACGGCGGCAUCAGCGCCACCGCCGAGCCCGGCUACCUCGCCCCCUACUCGGGCUUCACCUUCGGCCUGUACGAGCCGCAGGAGUACCACGACACCGGCGACGGCUAUCAGUGCGCUUCGUGCAGCCGUGCCGUGUCCGGGCUGGACCGGCGGGCUGUGGGGGUUGCCGUGGUGAUGAGCGCUUUGACGGUGCUGAGCUUCACCUGGUUUGUGGCCGGCUUUGGAGCGUUCGUUUGACGCUGAACCUGAUGGAGGGGUGUGAAAACGGAGAAUUUGUGUGUGGUGCUGGCUAAGAGGGACGGGGUUAUAUGUCUUGUAAUAUGUUCUCUGGUUCUGGAUAGGGUUGUUUAGUGCUUCACUCUAAUACGGUACGCAAAGAGCGGGAAGGCGUCGGAUCAUGUUGUUUGCCAGCAUUUUAUUUGGGAUCAUUAUCGUCGGGAAUGUUGAUUCAAAAGGGGAAGGGAAGUAAGUCGAGCGAGGAGACAUCUGAUGCAUGUAUCUCUUAUGUUACGACAACUGCAUAUAUAGCGAACAGCCUAGGGAAGCGCAUCUCAAGAGACUUCUAAUCUUUGGCAUUCCACGAG